AUACUCAUAACCUUUCGUUUCAGAGAUCCAAAAAAAAAAAAAAAAAUCAAAGAGAAGGAGUGAGUACGAAACUCUACAAAAAAACGAUGCCGUAUUACACCAACGACGACGAUGACGUCGACGAUUUCGCAGAUUACGAUCCGACGCCGUAUAGUGGAGGCUACGACAUCACCGUAACGUACGGCCGUUCGAUUCCGCCGUCCGACGAGACUUGUUACCCUCUCUCGUCUCGCGCCGGCGACGCGUUCGAGUAUCAGCGACCUAAUUUUUCUCUAAACCACGAUCCUCCUGCUUAUGAAGACCAAGCUCUUAAGACCGAGUACAGUAGCUACUCCCGACCCGGACACGGUGGAUCUGAUUUUAGCCGGAAACCUAAUUCUGGAUAUGGCGGAAGGACGGAGGUUGAGUAUGGUCGCAAACCUGAUUCCGGCUAUGGAGGGAGAACGGAGGUUGAGUAUGGCCGGAAAACUGAAUCGGAGCAUGGAUCUGGCUAUGGUGGGAGGAUUGAGACUGGUUACAUGAAUCCUAGCCAUGGAGGUCACAAGGAUGGUGAUGAAGAUGGUCACAAAAAACAUAGUGGGAAGGAGAAGGAGAAGAAGAAGGAUAAGAAGAAAGAUGGUAAUAUCUCUGAAGAUGAUGAGUUCAAGAAGAAGAAGGAGAAGGAGCAUUACAAGAAGGACCAUCAUGAUGAUGAUUAUGAUGAGAAGAAGAAGAAGAAGAAAGACUAUGGUGGUGAUGAUGAUGAUGAGAAGAAGAAGAAGAAGAACUAUGAUGAUGAUGAUGAUGAUGAGAAGAAGAAGAAGAAGCACUAUCAUGAUGAUGAUGAGAAGAAGAAGAAGAAGGAUCAUUCUUAUGAUGAUGAUGAUGAUAAGAAGAAGAAGAAGGACCAUAAGGAUUAUGAUGAUGACAAAAAGAAGAAGAAGGACCAUAAGGAUUAUGAUGAUGACAAGAAGAAGAAGAAGAAGGAUAAGCACCACGGCCAUCGUGACGACGAUGACUAAAAAGGCAUUCUUGAAUUUGGAUUGCAUUCCUAUGACUACUAAAAUAAGUAACUAAGCACACUUCUCUCUACGUUUAUGUUAAUUCUUGUUUUGUUUUUGCUUCGCAUUUGUGCUAACUUCGAUAAGACCUCAACAAGUCAUAUGAAAUAUGUGUAGUGUGUUUUUUUCUAGUGAUGUCGUUUGGUUUAACGAAUCCCCC